AUGGUGGGCCUCCUAGAGCAGCUCUUAGAGGAGGAGGCAAGGCAACGCCGUAUAAAGCAGGAGUUUCCAAAUGCAUGCCCGUUCAUCGUCCAGGAGCUGGCACGGCAAGAGAGGCUGUUCUUAGACGUGACCAGCGUCCGCUUACAAAGGCAAAAGGCUAAAAACCUCCGUCAGGCGUUUUCAGAAGGGGGUGGCUCAAGGUGUUGGGGAUCUGCAUUGCAUCUACUGCUGCGAGCCGUUCCGGUGGUCCUCGCCGCACUCUCCUACUCACCGGAAAGCGUCUACCGAUCCUUCACGACUCCCACCAAGAGCCGCUGCGCUAACCCAAAAAGUAACCGGGCAUCCCAAACCGACCCGGUAGGCGACCGCCCGGCCGUGUUCCCCGUUUCCCGUCUCGCCGUCCCGAGGGGUUUAGCGGUGUUUAUUGCCGCUUCAUCCCCGAUGCGCCUGCCAGUGUUUGCGAGCACGGCCGACCUUACGCUCCGCUUGAAUUCCGCCGGAAUCCGGUACGAGCCGCUGCUGAAAAUGGCGGAAUGCAGCCCGGUGAUGGUGUUCGAGAACGGAGAGAUCCCGCUUUUCCAGGUGCGGUUUCCGUUCGAGGAGCCCCGGAACGAGUUCCUGACGGCGUGUGCGGCGCUAGGUGACGAGGCGCUUUCUGAGCAAGGUUUGUUGAUUGCGGAAUGCAUGUUAGUGUGA